AAGGUCACAAAAUAAGAUGUUCCAAAUGAGACGAUAUCUUAUUGUCCUUCUCCUGGUUGGAGCCGCGAAGUCACAGGUCAACCCAGCUGUGUGUAGGUACCCACUGGGGAUGACUGGAGGCCAAAUUCAGGAUGAAGAUAUUUCUGCUUCCAGCCAGUGGUCAGAGUCCACCGCAGCUCGAUAUGGCAGAUUGGAUUUUGAUGAUGGAGAUGGAGAUGGAGCGUGGUGUCCAGAUGUCAUGGCUGAACCAAAUAAUCUAAAGGAAUUUCUGCAGAUUGACCUUCGCACCCUUCAUUUUGUCACUCUCGUCGGCACGCAGGGACGGCACGCAGAUGGAGCGGGCAAAGAGUUUGCCCAGCGAUACAAGGUUAAAUACAGCCGGGACGGCACACGCUGGGUCUCCUGGCGUGACCGGCAAGGUCGACAGAUCAUUGAAGGGAACAGUAACGCCUAUGAUGUUGUGCUCAAGGACCUGGAGCCUCCAAUUAUUGCUCGUUUUGUGCGUUUCAUGCCUGUGACUGACCCCUCUAUGAUUGUGUGCAUGAGGGUGGAGCUCUACGGCUGUGAAUGGCUUGAUGGUCUUGUGUCCUACAGCGCCCCUGCUGGCCAGCAGAUGACUUUCAGAGGCCAAAAAAUCUACUUAAAUGACACUGUGUAUGAUGGAGCCAUUCGUUACAGCAUGACAGAAGGCCUUGGACAGCUCACUGAUGGAAGCUGGGGUUUAGAUGACUUCACCAGAACCCAGGUGUAUGGGGUAUGGCCUGGCUAUGACUAUGUGGGCUGGACCAAUGCUAGUUUCCCUGGUGGUUCGGUGGAGAUGACAUUUGAGUUUGACCGGGUCAGAAAUUUCACAUCAAUGAAGGUCCACUGUAACAACAUGUACACAUGGGGAGUAAAAAUGUUCCGACGGGCCGUUUGUUACUUCCGUUCGGAUUCAGACUGGGAGCCCAGUCCUGUGGUUUUCAAGCUGAAAGCAGACAACAUCAGUCCAAGUGCUCGGUUUGUCACAGUUGCCCUUGGCAACCGCAUGGCCAGCACAAUUAGGUGCCGCUUUGCAUUCAAUGACAUCUGGAUGAUGUUCAGUGAAAUUGCUUUCCAGUCAGAUACAGCAGUGUACAACACCUCUCUUGUUCCUCGUAAACGUAAUCAGACUCCAGGGAUUCUCCCAGGUGAUGAUCCCACCCACAAAAUCGAUGACAGCAACACAAGGAUCCUGAUAGGCUGUUUGGUGGCCAUUAUUGUCAUUUUGUUUGCCAUCAUAAUAAUCAUACUGUGGCGACAGGUCUGGCAGAAGAUGAUUGAGAAGGCCUCUCGGCGCAUGUUGGAUGAUGAGCUGACCGUGCGUCUGUCUGUUCAGAGAGAAGCCUUCACCCACCGUCACUCCUCUCUGUCCAGCGAUGUUGAGUCCACUUCCACGUAUGAACGAAUUUUCCCUAUGGGAUCGUCUGACUAUCAGGAACCAUCCCAACUUUUACGGAAACUACCGGAGUUCCAGGCUACGGAAAACCUUGCAGUGAUCGAUGCCCCUUCCGAACCCUCUACGACCCAUCCUACAAAUGAAGCCCCACACUACGCAGAGGCAGAUAUCGUGAGCCAGCAGGAAGCCGCUGGUGCCCACAGUUACCGCGUCACAGUGGUCAACAUGCCCCUAUCCCCGGGAAGAGACGGAGCUCUGGAGGAGUUUCCGAGGGAGAGACUGACUUUUAAAGAGAAACUUGGAGAAGGACAGUUUGGAGAAGUCAGUGAACAAUUCUCUUCACUAAAAAAAGUUACUCUUGCUCAAGCUGUUUGUUUUAUGUGUUCAUUCCUGCCACAGGUUCAUCUGUGUGAAGCUGAGGGAAUGCAGGAGUUCAAGAAGGACCAUUGUGGCGACAUCAGCGAUGAGCCAAUACUCGUAGCAGUCAAGACACUAAGAGAGGAUGCAAACAAAAAUGCAAGGAACGACUUCUUGAAAGAGAUCAGGAUCAUCUCACGAUUAAGAGACCCGAACAUCAUUCGCCUGUUGGCGGUGUGCGUUGAGAGCGAUCCGCUGUGCAUGAUCACGGAGUACAUGGAAAACGGAGACCUCAAUCAGUUCCUGUCCCGCCAUGAGCUGCAGGAAGAAGGACUUCCGGCUGGCAACUCAGCUGCCAUCAGCUACAGAAUACUGAUCCACAUGGCCUCUCAGAUUUCCUCAGGAAUGAAGUAUCUGUCCUCCCUGAAUUUUGUUCACCGUGAUCUUGCUACACGCAACUGUUUAGUGGGCACAAAUAACACCAUCAAGAUCGCUGACUUCGGCAUGAGUCGGAACCUGUAUCGUGGAGAUUACUACCGUAUACAGGGACGAGCAGUGCUCCCCAUCCGCUGGAUGUCCUGGGAAAGCAUCCUACUGGGCAAGUUCACCAUGGCCAGUGACGUGUGGGCAUUUGGAGUGACCCUGUGGGAGAUUCUGACCCUGUGUAAAGAGCAGCCGUAUGCCCAGUUCACAGAUGAACAGGUGAUCGAAAACACGGGCGAGUUCUUUAGAGACCAAAACAAACAGGUGCAUCUGCCGAAGCCGCACUGCUGUCCUGAUUCAGUGUACAGCCUCAUGCUCAGCUGCUGGAAGAGAAAUGCCAAAGAAAGACCCACGUUCCUGGAGAUCCACAGCACCCUGAUGACUAACUGAAGAUGUAGCUUUUCCCCACAAACACAUUCAGCUAUUCCCAGACAUGUAAGGGAAGCCCAGCUAAAUGUAAUAGCAAUACCCUUCUUUUUCAGUGUAUCUUAAAAAUAAGAAAGCCAUAACUGUUGACCUAUAUAAAUAUGAAAUAUUAUGUCCUUAAAAUUAAAUGGGUAUUUUGUUAUUAUGUUUUGUUAAAUAUACUCUCUUUUCCUUUUUUGUAUGUAAAGUGAUGUACUUUCUCUUCAUUUUGCUGUUUAUUAAAUGUACAAAUUUGCUGA